AUGCUUGGAAUUUGGAUACUUGCACUAUUUCUGCUCAACGCAGCAGAAGGUGAAGAAGUUUGCUUUGACAGGCUUGGAUGCUUCUCAGAUGAUCUACCAUGGUCUGGGAGUACAGAAAGACCAGUCCAUAAACUACCCUGGGAUCCAAAAAAGAUAGACAUUCACUUUCUCCUGUAUACAAGAGAAAAUCCUGAAAACUCUCAGGAGAUUGAUUCAACUGAUCUCUCGACAAUCGAUUCCUCAAAUUUUAACACGAGUAGGAUAACCAGAUUUAUUGUACAUGGAUUUGUCGAUAACGGAGAGGAAAACUGGCUGUCAGACAUGUGCAAGAGGAUGCUUUCUGUGGAAGAUGUGAACUGCAUCUGUGUGAACUGGAAAAGAGGAGCAAGGUGCCAGUACACCCAGGCAUCCAACAACGUCCGGGUCGUAGGCGCUGAAAUAGCUUAUUUUGUAAAUGUUCUUAUGGAAAAAUAUGAAUACUCUCCAGCUGAUGUUCACAUAAUUGGGCACAGCCUUGGAGCACACGUGGCAGGUGAGGCUGGCAAGAGGCGGCCGGGGAUCGGGAGAAUAACCGGACUGGAUCCUGCUCAGCCUUAUUUUCAAGGUACUCCAAUUGAAGUCAGACUGGAUAAAUCUGAUGCAGACUUUGUUGAUGUUAUCCACACAGAUUCAGCUCCCACAAUCCCCAACUUAGGUUUUGGCAUGAGCCCUGCUGUAGGACAUAUUGACUUUUAUCCAAAUGGAGGAAAGGAGAUGCCAGGGUGUGCGAAGAACCCUGUUUCACAGAUCGUAGAUCUCGAUGGCAUCUGGGAAGGAACUCGGGACUUUGUGGCUUGUAAUCAUUUACGGAGUUACAAGUAUUACUCAGACAGCAUUAUCUACCCUGAUGGAUUCCUAGGCUAUUCUUGUGCUUCAUAUGAGCUUUUUCAAUCCGGAAGCUGUUUCCCAUGCCCACGAGAGGGAUGUCCAAAUAUGGGUCACUAUGCAGAUAAAUUCAAAGACAAAAAUAAAUACAAUUUUCAGAAAUUUUACCUGAAUACUGGAGAGGCCAAAGAUUUUCCUCUUUGGAGGUACAAAGUAACUGUGACCCUCUCUGGAAAAAAAAAAGUUAAAGGAUAUAUAAAUAUUGCCCUGUAUGGAAAUGAUGGGAACACAAGGCAACAUCAGAUCUUCAAGGGAACCCUCAAACCAAGCAACACUUACACAAGCUUCAUUGAUGCAGAAGUUAAUGUUGGAACAGUUACAAAGGUUAAAUUCCUUUGGAACAACAACAUGAUAAAUCCAACUUUUCCUAAACUAGGAGCUGCAACUAUCACAGUACAAGUUGGACAAAAUGGAACAGAAUUCCGUUUCUGUGGUUCCGAGAAAGUGAGGGAGGAUGUUCUGCAAACUCUUACUGCUUGCUAACACUACAAAUGGAUGCCCAAGACC